GCUCUUUGCCAGCGGCCGUGUCGCCUCCAUCAGCUCGCUGGUGGCCAUGGCGACGCUGCUGGUGACGCUGCUGGUGCUGGUGCUGGCGCUGGUGUGCACCGUGCGGAACAGACGGAGCCCCGGCAAUCGUCCCGCGAUGGAGCAGCCAGCGACCGCCCCGAGCCUGCUCCCUGACAGUCCCGGCAGCCACCACCACCACUGCGACCACCACCAUCACCGCCGCUGCGACCACGACCACCACCACCACCAUCACCACGGUGGCGGCGGUGGAGGAGCAGAGCUGGCAACUCUAGAAUCCCGCCCCCGGCCCUGGUUGACAUUGCCAGAUGAAAGCCGCUCACCGAGUCGUCUCCGCACCAACCCGUUCACCUCCUGCAGGGUGACCGUGCGCUGGCCGCGAGACAGUGACCACCUCGCGUGGCACGCGCGACGUGCCGGGUUCCAGCUCGAGCCGUGA